GUGUGGGCGCGUGGCUCAGGGUUCAGAGCUGUCGGCCCUCCUCCUCCUCCUCCCUCCCUCCCUCCCCUCCCCUCCCUGCUCCGACAGAGACAGGCAAAAGGCGGAGGAGGAGCAACGCACCUCGCAGUCAACAGACACUGGGUGUACAGCAGUAGGUCGGUCGGUAGGCUACAGCGGCAGAAGCCCACGGAGGAAGAAGAACAUCACCUCACGGCUGUUGUCCUUUGCCCAGGCAAGAGCCGGCAGAGAGACGAACAGUAGAGAAGGCGAGCGCGGGUAGAGAGGAUAAUUGCAUUUCUGGCUGCCCAGUGGGAACAUGGGAUAUAUGACCUCAUCAUUCACCUGUGAGGCUCUCCAGUAAACAACUUUAGAUAGAAGGAUGGCCGAAGAAAGCGCAGAUGUUCUCCUAAAACCCUGUGAUGUGACGUCAUGUGAUGUCGUCGCCUGCCCCUCCCCUUCGUCGUGUCCGUCCCCCUGCAAACAGAAGGAGGACAAGGAGUGUCACCAUGAUAGUAAGAAGCUGGAUCAUGAGAAACACUGUACCCAGGUGCAACCAAAGAAAAAAGUUAAGACCAAAGGAAAGUUAGAGCGGCAUAACGCUAUCUGCGAGGAGUUCUUACCAUUUGAAGAAACUCAGGCAUCUCCAGACACCAACAUCUCAUCUAGCUGCCAUGACAACGAGAGAACUUCCUGUAAAGAGGAAGAACAAGAGAAGAGCACAGAUCCAAAGAAACAUUCACUGUCCAAAGAGCCUAGCAUGGAGUACACCGACUCCACCGGCAUAGACUUGCACCAGUUUAUCGUCGACACCCUCAACAGCAACCCCAGAGACCGCAUGACGCUGCUUAAACUGGAGCAGGACAUGAUAGACUACAUCGCCAGCAAUAGUCCCUUUAAGAAGUUCCCUCACAUGUCGUCCUAUCACCGUAUGCUGGUCCAUCGGGUGGCGGCCUACUUUGGCAUGGAGCACAAUGUAGACCAGACAGGCAAGGCUGUCAUCAUCAACAGGACCAGCAACACUCGCAUACCAGAAGCACGUUUCAUGGACCAGGUGCAUAAGGACAAGACAGAGGAGAGGAGGAAGAUUAUUUUGAAGAGAGACAACAGCUCAGAUGACCAGACCCGACUUCACCCCUUACGGGAGAAGCAAAGCAGGUCAAUGGAGGAGAGAGAGGAGGAGUACCAACGAGCACGAGACCGAAUCUUCAACCCAGAGCCACUCUGCACCCAGGAGAGUGCCCAUACAGAAACCAGGGCUGCGGAGGAGUACAAUCCAUAUGCCGAGACCCAGAGGAGAAGGCAGCUCUUCAGGGGAAGCCGUGACAGCUCAGGCUCCAGCUGGACAGGCAGUAGCAGGCAGAGUAGCACCGACACCGACUGUCGUUAUAGCAAUGACCCCCAUCCUUGGAGCAGCACAGACUCUGAUUCCUCCUUCCAGUGGACAAGUCCUGCUCCUAAAUCCCGCCAGCCCACCAACCACAGCUGGGACGCAUGUGGUUCAGGCUCCAUCUCUCUUUUCAGGCUGCCUGCCACCUGUCCCCUCCCCUCUCCUCCUCCCAUCGUAGAUGAGCCGCCUCCUAACUCUGCCUACAUCAUGGAGAACGGGAUCCCACCGGGCAGCAUAUUAGUGAACCCGCAUACUGGGCAGCCUUUCCUGAACCCCGAUGGAACUCCUGCUGUGUACAAUCCCCCGGACAGUCAGCAGCCAAUCAGAGGCCAGGCUCAGCUGCAAGGCUCUCAGCCCCAGCAGCAGCAGGUGGUUCAGUACUCAUCUGUCUCUUACACAGCUCCACAGAUGUUGCCUGUCACUCCCUCACAGCCAUAUUCCACAAUUGAAGAGAUCUCCUCGCAGUUCACUCAUUUGAGCUGUCAGCCGACGGGUGAAGCCCCACCCCUCCACCCUCCCAGUCAGGGUUUCAUCUAUGCAGCCCCUGCUCCCCCUCCCAACCCCCCCACCUACUGCCAGCCCUCACCUCAGGUGCCUGUAUAUUACUACAGCCAGUACCCUACCUCAGCUCAACACCCAUGCAAGCCUGUCUCACCUAGCCAGCACAUCCACAGCCAAGCAGUGCAACCAACAGCAGGUUAUGCCCCUGCUGUGGGGGUGCAGCAGCAGUCCUCACACACCCAGGCCCAGGCUGUGCUGGGGACCUUCCCACCAAUGGCCGCUCAUCAGUGUAGCAUAGUUCAGGGAGGUGUUUCAGUGUCCUAUCCCCAAAGCAAAGUUGUGACCGCGGUUGGUGGGGAGGCGGGUUACUGCUGCAUGGUGCCCCCACCCACCCACCACAGCAGCUGCCACCCUCCCAGCUGCGCCAGCCUCGGUGCCCCGGCCUGGAGCGCACAGUACUGACAAAGCCUCGCCGGACGGAGUGGUGAUACUUAGGUUCCUGCGUGAAUUCAUUUACACACACACACACACACAUAGUUAACACAAACACCUUUUUUCACACUCCCUCACACCCUUCACCUGCACCUGCCUUCUUCCUGAUGAUGCCCACAGGGUACAUCAUACACACUCAUAACAAGCAUGUGAGCGCACACACACACACACACACACAUAAAUGUACCAAUGUACCAAAGCUUAAUAGUACAUAUAGCCUAUCAGAGCUGCUGUAUUGAAUGCAUAAUUUAUAUACACAAAUGGAGUUUUAUAUUGAUAUUAAAUUAUAUAUAUAUUGUGUUUUAAGGAAAUGCACUGUGUGAAUAGAAUAAAGUGCUGUGGCUGGAUUGACAACAU